CCUCUCCCAAAAUUCAUAUAAUUCUCCCAUAAGUACUUCACCAAAAAUUUUGCAUCAUAAAAAAUGGGAAUGGAAACACAAACACCCCAUCUUCACAUUCAAGUCCCACCCAUAGGAAACGAUGACACACAACAUCAAAACAACAAUUUCAAAACCAUGACACCACCAUGCCUAAAACUCAUUUCUUCUCCAUCUCCAUCUCCAUCUCCACAAAGCUUAGAACCCAAUCGAACUUGGCUCGACAACCCGGACCACGGUCCAUACCUACUAAAGCUAGCUCGGGACACGAUAAUUUCGAGUGAGAAUCCAACCAAGGCCUUGGACUACGCGGUCCGAGCUGCCAAGUCAUUCGAGAGAUUUCCAAGCACAGGUGUCGAGCUACCCAUGAGCUUGCACGUGGUUGCUGCCAUUCACUGUAGGCUCGGGCAGUUUGAUGUGGCCAUUCCUGUUCUCGAACGAUCCAUCGAGGCUGUGGAACCCGGUAAUGGACUGGACCAUGCUUUGGCGAAAUAUUCAGGAUACAUGCAGCUUGGGGAUACUUAUUCCAUGCUGGGACAGUUGGAUCAAUCCAUUUCUUGUUAUGAAGCUGGUUUGAUGAUCCAAAUUAAUGCUUUCACUGAUUCCGAUCCUAGAGUUGCUGAGACUUGCAGGUACUUAGCAGAGGCACAUGUACAAGCAAUGCAAUUUGAAAAGGCAAAAAAAUACUGCAAGAAAACACUAGACAUCCACAAACAACACAGUCCACCAGCAUCCCCACAAGAAGCAACUGACCGUCGUCUAAUGGCUUUAAUUUGUGAGGCUUUAGGCGACUCCGAGUCCGCUUUGGAACAUCUUGUUCUAGCCAGCAUGGCAAUGAUCGCUCACGGUCACGACGCCGAGGUUGCUGCCAUCGACGCUAGCAUUGGUGACAUCUAUGCCUCUCUCUGCCGCUUCGACGAAGCUAUAUUUGCCUACCAAAAAGCCCUCACAAUCUUCAACUCCACAAAAGGAGAGUCUCACCUCUCCGUUGCCUCACUCUUCGUUCGCCUUGCCGAGCUCUACAACCGCACAGGCAAGUCCCGAGAAGCAAAAUCUUAUGCAGACAACGCAUUGAGAAUCUAUCUAAAGCCUCAAGUGGGGGCUUCAUACGAAGAGAUUUCAAGUGGGCUAGUGGAGAUCUCCGCCGUGUACGAAGCCACUAAUGAACCAGAGGAGGCGUUUAAGGUUCUACAAAGGGCGACAACAAUAUUGGAGCAGGGAGGGAGAGGAGGAGGAGGACGACGGAGUGGGAGUGGGAGCGGGGCGAUGGCCGGGAUAGAGGCUCAAAUGGGGGUGAUGUUUUAUAUGGUGGGAAAAUAUGGAGAGGCUAGGAAGGCAUUUGAAGGGGCAAUUGGGAAGCUAAGAGGGACUAAGUCAGCAAUGUUUGGAGUUUUGUUGAACCAAAUGGGAUUGGCUUGUAUUCAGCUUUACAAAAUUGGAGAGGCAGUUAGGCUAUUUCAAGAGGCCAAAGUGGUGUUAGAGGAACAUUAUGGUGUCUACCAUUCUGAUACUCUUGCUGUUUCUAGUAAUCUUGCUGCUGCUUAUGAUGCUAUGGGAAGGGUAGAAGAAGCAAUAGAAAUAUUAGAAGAGAUCCUGAAAGUAAGGGAAGAAAUGCUUGGAACUGCAAAUCCAGAGGUAGAUGAAGAAAAAAGAAGGCUAGAGGAAUUGUUAAAGGAAGCAGGAAGGGCAAGGAAUAAAAAGGCAAAGUCAUUACAAAUUUUGCUUGGCUCUAAUUCCCUAAGGAUGAAGAAAGAAGUAGCAAAGAGAUGGACCGGUGGCUUUAGUUUUAGACUUUGAAAACAUCAUGUGUUUUAAUUUUUAAACUUUCCUUUUCCCACAAAAUGGCUCUAUAAAUGACGCUCGGAACAUGCACACAUCAACUUGGGACUUUCGUUCUAGAAGACCAUUGCGCAACAGUAAAAUUCAAUUAUGGGAUAAGGUAAAGAUUCUCUUUCUAGCCCAAAUGUGAACAGAGGCAAUGAUAUCUCCACAUGGAUGCUAAACUCAAAUGGUGGUUUCACCAUUGCAUCAGUCAAAAAUGUAAGAAACAACAUAUACCAAAGCGCCAAUUAGAAUACAGACAAAUCUGUUGGGGUCUUUAAACAACUAUGGAAAGCAAAGAUACCAAAGAAAUGUAGAUUUUUCAUAUGGUUUCUUAUCCCCCGUUGCUUAAAUACAAAUGAUGUUGUUCAAAGAAGGAUUCCUUCCCUUCACCUCAAUCCUAAUUGGUGCUCGUUAUGUCAUCAAAGCUUCGAAGACAUCGACCAUAUAUUUACCAACUACAGUUUUGUCAAAUGCUUGUGGAUGAAGAUCGAAAAUCUGGUUGGAUGGAAAAUGCAGCAUAAUAGUGUCUCUUCUCUUUGCUCAGACCUUUGCAUCAUUAACCAAAAGCAUCAAAAAAUGUAUUAUCAAGUUCAACGCUAUUUUGGCUGUGCUCUAUAAAAUAUGGUUGGAAAGAAAUAAUCGAAUCUUCAAAUAGAAGAAUAACUCAACUAUAAACAUUUGGGAAGACAUAUGUGCUAUGUCUGGAUUUUGGGCUAGCAGAUCCCCUCUAUUUUUUAAUUAUAAAUAACUCUAGCUUUAUCGCCAUCAAUCUUAGUGCUUUCUAAUUUUUUUGUUCU